GUAUUUUUUGUACAUGGCAACAAAACUUGUUUUCGCGAGAAAACUUGUGAUAGCAUCGUGAAUUUUAUUUUGAUUACAAAAUUGGUAUGAAAUUCGAUAAUAAGGUGAAAAAUAGUGAAUCAUCAUUAUAAAGUAAUUGUGUUUAAUGUGGUCUAUUAAAUAUCCGCCUUCCAAGUGGAGCUGCUAAAGAAAUUGCUUGCCAUGGCGGGCCCGUCCGACGGCGAUCCCGACGGAUGGGUCGAGUUCUGCGAGCGUCAGGCCAAAGCCGCCGCUCAGGACUUCGCCAAGGCUUGCCUGCAGUACGUACAGACAGGUACCAACGACGCCGCGUCUCGGCCGCAAGCCUCUCACAAGGACCUGCUGAAGAAAUUCGUUGAAUGUUUCUCGGAACAAUUCGAGUAUGAAAUCGGCAAGCUGAAAGCUCUGCACAAGCUCCCUAACGGCACCCACACGGGACACGAUGAGAGUGACUACUCCGAGGACACGGACUCGCCAAAAACGCAGCACAAGCCAUUUUUCCGAAGGUUAUCAUUUAAAGGACUGAGACGCGGAAAGGGGUUAUUUCACAAGCAACAUUCAGACGAGGUGGAGCUCUCCUCUACUCUGAACAAGCACAACAAGACUAAAUUAGCUAAGAUAGUUGUAGAGUGUAGGAAAGAAGGAUUGGUAAAUUAUUUAACUCCUGAGAGUUUGGAGCAGCCUGGAGGGCCGCAGAAGUGGGAGAGAUGCAGGCUAGCGCUGGUGAAGACUGUCGGGGGCUACAUGCUGGAGUUCUACUCCCCUCCUAAGGCUCAGAAGCCCCGCAGUGGAGUUUUCUGUUUCCUCAUAUCAGAGGCUCGGGAAACUACAGCGCUGGAGAUGCCUGACCAUGAAAAUACAUUUGUAUUGAAGGCAGACAACAAUAUGGAAUACGUAAUAGAGGCAGCAGACGUAGACGAUAUGAAAGCAUGGCUGGCUACGAUCAAGUACUGUAUGCGGUCGCCUCCUACCACGCAGCCGCCGCCAGACGCGCUGCCGGGGAUGCCCGAGCCGGCGCCGCCCGACCUGCCGCCCAGGAGGGAUCUCCCGCCCAGCACCAGCAAUGUGGACUUGGCUACCGAUACCCCUGAAGAGGCUGAAUUAGGUUCAAUAGCAGAAGAAGCAUGCGAGUCAUCCUCUCGCGUGUCUCUGGCUGAAUGGCCGUGGUUCCACGGCACGUUAGCCCGCGCGGCGGCGGCGGCCUGCGUGCUGGCGGGCGGGGCCUCGGGACACGGCUGCUAUCUCGUGAGGCAGAGCGAGACCCGGCGGGGGGAGUAUGUGCUCACGUUUAAUUUCCAGGGUCGCGCAAAACACCUUCGCAUGACACUAAGCGAGACGGGCCAGUGUCGAGUCCAGCACCUCUGGUUCCCCAACGUCCACGACAUGCUCGAACAUUUCCGCGCCAACCCCAUUCCACUGGAGUCGGGCGGCGCCGCUGACGUCACGCUCACCGAGUACGUCGUCUGCCAGGACAACCGCACACAAUUGGAGGUGACGCACGGCAGCGACGUGCGCAUGCGCCGCGCGGAGCUGGAGGCGCUGCUGGCGGCGAGCGGCGCGCACCACGACAUCCGCGCCGUCGACAACCAGUACACCUUCGUGUAGCACGCGCGGCACUGUGGAGCGGGGCUGCUGGCCACGGCUCUCUGCUGCAACGAAUACUUCGGUACUGUACCUCAUUUUGUAUGAACUAGCUCCAACUUCACCGAAAACAAUCAUCCGUUUCUCUUGUAACGACUGCUUACUUUGAAAAUAACGUGAAAAUUAAUGGUAAACAGUUGGAUUAAGGGAACUGAAGUUUAUGUUGUCGGUGAAUUUAGGUCUUUGAAUAUUUUGUAUGCAAUUGUUUUGGGUAGUUGAUAUCAAUAAUUGUAUGACGUUAAAGUCUACGUAACGCGUUACAAUUAACACAAAAAUAAGGAUGUUACGUAGAUGUGACGAAAUAUACUAGACCUAUUUUUAAUCAGCACGCAGUUGGCCAUAAACGUAGGCGGAGCAGUAGCAAUGCAAAAUUGACUUUAUUUUUACCUCCAAAGAGUUCAUAUUAUCUAAUAAAUCUGUAGAGAAGUCAAUUCUGUACAUUAAAUAUUUUUCCAAAAUAACUAUCGGGGG